AUGCACGUGCAGCACAUGCUGGAGCGGUGCAGGAUGCGGCUCCGGCGCUCGAUGAAGCGCGGCACGAGGUUGGCCCUGCUGCUGACGAUUGUGGCGCUUUUGCUGCUGCUGAGCAUCACGAUGUUCAACUCCGCCCUUGACGAGGUGGGCGCUGACGAGGUGGGCGCUGACGAGGUGGGCGCUGGCGACGGCGACGAGCUCGAGGACGGCGCGCCUCCCCCCCACCGCGACAAGGCGCGCCUGCAGGGGCAAAUAGAGCGCGGUCGGGCAUCCAUGCUGCUGCACGCAGAGGAGCUCCUCGCGCUGCUGCAGCGGUUUUCCGACGAGCGUGGGGUUCGGGCGGCCAACGCCAUGUCUGAGGCCGCGGUGCAUCCGGCGAACACGUCCCUCGCGACCCCCGAGGCUCUCCUCACGCACUACUACGGGACGGAGCUGAUACGACUCAACAACGUGCACGAAAAGGACCUCGAUGACGGCUACGCGCAGAACGUGUUGCACUCCGACACCUACUGGAGCCCGUCUCACGUCACCCGCCGCGGCUACGGCCUCGAGGGAAGCAUCUUCGUCGGCGUCACGCACAGCCAGGAGGCGGCGGCGUCGGCAGCGGCGGAGACGGCGUGCGCGGCGACGGUGCGGAGCCUCUACGAGGCGGCGCGCUGGCCGCUCGCAAUAUUCACAGGCAUCGUGGAUGUCACGCUCCGCACGCCGCCGCGUGACGCCGCAGCCGCAUCGGCGGAGGCAGCAGCGCAGCCGCCGGAGGAAACCCCCGCCUGGGCGCCGCCGCCGGCGUCUGUGUGCGUCCCUCGCGCAUACCUCUUGCCGAGCUGCGCGGAGCGUGUCUCGUUUUGCCCCACCGACAACAUCCGCGUGCGACAGGUGCGGGCUGCGCAGACGACGGCGGAUGCGGUUGGUGCCGCAGGAAACGCACGGCGUCGUCGGCCGCAUCCGCUCUUUUCCUCCGUCGCGGCACAGCGCUACGCGACGCUGACCCUUUACCGCGGCGAAACCUACGUCAUGUUUAUCCGCGCCGGUGUGCAGCUUGUCUCCAACUGGGAUCUGCUGGCACGCACGCUCUGGCUGCAGCUUCCCUCGCGUCAGGCGGUGCUUUCCCAGCCCCCCGUCUCCGUCACCCACGAGGCCGUCCAGGCAGCGUGGGACGCCGUGGUUGUGAGGCAAGUGGAGGGAAUCCUCCUCGCCGCCGACAAGAUGCUCCCCAACGCGACGGCGCAAGGGCCGCCGCAGUCGCAGCCGCGCGAGGGAAAGCUGGGGAACGGCGUGGGUCAGUGGCUGGAGUCGAUCCAGUGGACGCUCAACUUGGAGGCGGUGCGGCUGCAGCCGGCGGGGGAGGCGGCGGCGGGCGGGAAGGACGCGGGGCUGCGGGUGGAGGAGGUGGUGCACCACGUUUUCCACCACGACGCGGCGGUCUUUCGCCAUGCGAAGGAGCAGGCGCCCAUGACGGGCGGUGCCUCGCUGGCGGAGGAGGAAGUCGCCCCGGCUGCGGCAAGCCGCAGGCGCAUUCAACUCUACUGGCUGCGGCAGUUUUACGAGGCUCUUCGGGGGGAGUUCCUGAAGGAUGUGGUGGAGCGAAACACCACCGCGUGCCUCUCCGGUGUUCAAAUGCCGGAGGCGAAGUCCCGGCGAGAGGCGGCGGCCCUCUUCAGGCUGCAUGCGACGCGGGUGAGGCGGCUCAGCCACGCCAUGCGUGACCCACGCUACAUGCGACCCUCGCCCUUUCACGCCUGUGGCGGGACCGGCGCGACUGCGUGCCCGGAGAUGUCUGCGGUCAAACACAUGUGCCACAGCGACGCGAUUCUUCCCUACUUGCUGCAGGCCUGGGUGACCACGGACUUUCUCUUCACCCGGGCCGAGGCCUUUGUGGACCUCCCCCGCGACGCCGGCGACGGCUACGGCGGCCCCACGCACGCGGACACGGUGCAGCUGGACCCGUUUCUGAGUUUUGUGGGCGCCGACGAGGAGGCGGUGCUGCUGAGCGCACGGCUCUGGACACACGGGUGGGAGCUCUUCUCCGCAACGGAGCCGGUCGCCUUCGUCGUGACGCCGCCAACCACGCAAGCGACGGCGGCGUCCGACGCACGCACGCUCACCCCCGCGCUGCUGCAGCUGCGCGAGCGCAGUGUGGCACGCCUGCGACACAUUAUUUUCGGCAAAAACGGCACCGCGGGGGCGGCCCCGGAUGUAGAGGCAGCGGCAUUGCGCGAGGUGGAGCGCUACGGCCUCGGCCGGCGGCGGUCGAAGGAGCAACUGUUUUACUUUUCUGGCCUGCAGGAGGCGGCGCGGCAGCGGGAGAGGGUGGCGGAGUCAAACGCCGAAGCUGAACACGCCGUGGAAUCCAUCUGCCCCGCGUUCUUCUGCCGCAGCCGGAAGUGA